AUGAGCCCCGAGGCGGUUCGGGGGGCCAUCUUGCUGACCCUGGUGGUGCAGAACUCCGCCCAGGCGAUCUUCAUGCGCUACUCGUUCAAGCCCAAGAGUCAGUGUGGUGGCGGGGAAGGAAACAUGCCAUCACGACGUCCUGCUGUGACUUCACAGGUAGAGGAGAGAGGACAAAGAAGCCGAGUCCGGCGUCCUCGACCGGCCGUGAUGAUGGCCGAGCUGUGCAAGCUCGCCUGCUCCAUACUCCUGCAGUACCGGGACGACGGCAGCGUUCGGCACGUGGUCAAAACUCUCCGAGAGGACGUGUGGGAGAAGCCGGUGGAACUGCUCAAGAUGGCCGUUCCGGCGUGCCUCUACGUGGUCCAGAAUAACCUCAACUACGUGGCCAUCAGCAACCUCGACGGGCCAACCUUCCAGCUCCUUUACCAGCUCAAGAUCCUCACCACAGCCUUGUUUUCCGUGGUCAUGCUCAAAAGGGUACUCCACAUGAAGCAAUGGGGCGCGCUGGCGAUGCUGGCCCUAGGGGUAGGUCUGGUGCAGGUGUCGUCGAACUCGAGCAAGAGCUCGGGCGAUUCCGAGGACGACGGUGCUGGCAUUGACGACGCCGUGGGGGACGAGGACGGAAGCGGGCAAAACCCUCUCCUGGGCCUGGUGAUGGUCCUCCUGGCUUGCUGCACGUCGGGCUUCGCGGGGGUGUACUUCGAGAAGGUGCUAAAGGGAACUUCGGUAUCGCUGUGGGUGCGCAACAUGCAGCUGUCUGGCUUCGGUAUCCUGUUGGGCGCGGGGUGCGUCUGGUUCAAGGACGGCCAGGCUGUGUCGGAGAACGGCUUCUUCUACGGGUACAACUACGCCGUGUGGAUGGCGAUUUUGCUUAACUCCAUGGGGGGGCUGGUGGUGGCGAUGGUCGUCAAAUACGCGGACAACGUCAUCAAGGGGUUCGCCACUUCGGUCUCGAUCGUGCUCACCGCUUUGAUUUCGUUCUUCUUGUUCGAGUUCCAGAUCUCCGUCAUGUUCGUGAUCGGCGCAUACUUCGUGCUCCACUCCACCUUCUUGUACUCCCAGAAGCCCCCCAACGCCUCGAACUCCUCUUCGAACUCCUCCACUUCCUCCUCGACGGACGGGGGCGCCGCGGCUAAGGGUGCCAACGGCUCGGGGGAGGGUGACGUGGAGAUCCCCGAGAAGGAGGUGCUCCUCAGGGGGGGUGGCGGGCAGGGUCACGUGUCGUCGUCGUCGUUGUCGUCGAUCGAAUCGCCCAGAAACGGGAGGACGAGCGGGCCUCUCGCGCGAAAGAGCAACAGCAAGCUCGCAGAGCCGGUGUAACGCGGGGGGGGGGGGGGGGAUUCUGCUGGCGGUGGUAGUCUCGUAGAUCCAAGCUUGGUGCUGUUGUGGCGACAUGACUCCAAGGAACUGAUGGGACGAGAGAACCAACAGCAGCAGCAGCGGCGGCGGCGGCGGAGGCAGCAGCAGUGUACUUGCAGCGCCAUACACAACGCAAUGUCGCACGUCCUUCCCCUAGUGUGUGGGGGGAUAUUUUGGAGCUACGGCAUGGACUGGUCUGGCCAUAGACAGAACAGAGCCGUAGGGCAGCAGGUGCACCAACUCCUUCGCGUGGUAUUGGCUGAGUGUUACGACGGCCGACGUGAAAGGGCGGUGCAAGGAGCUUGGCACUAGAAGCGGCCGGCAUAGGCGUCGCCAGCGGUGUAGCGAUGCGGGCGAGGCUCUCGGGGGAGCCCGCAGAGCGGAGCGCACGCGGUUGGCCUUCCUGGCGUCUGCAGUGGAGGGUGUGCCGGCGAGCGUCAAGGAGGAGCGGAGGGAAGAGAAGUAGGGGAGCAAGCACGGCGUGCUCCAACCGCUGAUGCGAGCUCACUCGCAUUGUUUCAGGAAGCGGCGGAAGGGGGUGUACCGUGGGGGCGUGCAAGCUGUGGGUCGCGGGGAGGAGGAGGAGGAGGAGGCGCCGGGGCGACGCGGAAUGUCCUCGUUGUCGCUGGGAACGUCGGGUCAGGUUCUUCUGGUGGGAGGGCGGAUUACACCGAACGUGCUGUCUGACCAUUAGCGGCGAUCUGUGAGGGUGGCCAUCCCGUUUUGUCGCUGGUUUGUCGGUUCCGCACCGUGUCUCAGCUUGCAACUGGUCUGUUGGCACAGACGAGGUUGUUCAGUGCACGUGGCUACCUCUUGGCCGUGUGCCACAUCUUUUUUCGGUACGGGGCUGUACUGCCCACCCCUAUUCUUGUCGCAAAUCGGCCUGUAGGCCGGGCGACCGAUUGGUUGGUGCAGCAGAGGACUGACACACCGGUGGUUUUACGUCGGGCUCUCGAAGUGUGCGGGUACGGUUUUUUCUGUGUUGCGCGUGUUUGGCGCCGUAAACAUAUUAUUAUUCAUACCUUUUCCGUUCAAUCCUGUCUUUUUUGGUG